CCAAUCAGAUCGCAGCAUUUCACACUAACAACAAACAAAAGAUCGGGCUUCCUUCUGCUGCUGUCUUUGCAUUUCUUUAACCAGGAUUAGUCUGUCCGAUCGGCUGCAUGUCGUCUUAAAUAGCAUGGAUCAACUUUCUGGAUGUCUGUUCUGUCUUUAUUAGUUGUCGUUUGGUUGUAUCGAAAUGAUUAAUUCUAUCUAGCGUCUUGCUAACUCUAUCGGAGAGCUGUUUUUGGCUAAUCGCAGUUAGCCGACUGGCUAUCAGAUCCGAUCCGAAUAAAACCAUCCAAAAUCUCAGCGUCUCUUCUCUCGCGGUGUCUGACAGUGGUCGCUUUUGCCACUGGACACUGUUAGAAAGCUGUCCAGCUAAAGAUAGCUGGCAAGCUGUUGGUAUUGAGGACAAGAAUCGGAUCGCGAUGUCAGGACCGUCAUCGGGCUGUGGGUUUCUGAUGUCGGUUGUCGUUCACGGAGACUUGGCUCUCAACGAGCAGGAAAAAGAGCUUAACCAGCGGCUUAGACGCCUUUAUCCGGCCGUCAACGAGCAAGAGACCCCCUUACCCAGAUCCUGGAGCCCCAAAGACAAAUUCAGCUACAUCGGCCUGUCUCAAAACAACCUCCGGGUGCAUUACAAAGGUCAUGGAAAGACCCCGAAAGAUGCGGCAUCUGUCCGUGCAACACACCCCAUUCCAGCCGCCUGUGGGGUUUAUUACUUUGAGGUGAAAAUCAUCAGUAAAGGUCGAGAUGGGUACAUGGGGAUCGGCCUAUCAGCUCAAGGUGUCAACAUGAACAGACUCCCAGGUUGGGAUAAACACUCAUAUGGCUACCACGGGGAUGACGGCCAUUCCUUCUGUUCUUCUGGCACUGGGCAGCCCUAUGGUCCCACGUUUACAACGGGCGAUGUGAUUGGCUGCUGUGUGAACCUCAUCAACAAUACCUGUUUCUACACAAAAAAUGGCCACAGUCUAGGAAUAGCUUUUACAGAUUUACCGCCCAACCUGUACCCCACAGUGGGUCUACAGACCCCAGGAGAGGUCGUGGAUGCCAACUUUGGCCAGCACCCAUUUGUCUUUGAUAUUGAGGAUUAUAUGCGUGAAUGGAGAACCAAGAUUCAAGCUCAGAUUGACCGCUUCCCUAUUGGGGAGAGAGAGGGAGAAUGGCAGGCCAUGAUUCAGAAGAUGGUGGCCUCAUAUCUGGUUCACCACAGUUACUGUGCCACCGCUGAAGCCUUUGCUAAAUCAACUGAUCAGGCUGUACAUGAGGAACUUGCUUCUAUCAAAAACAGACAGAAGAUCCAGAAACUGGUCCUGUCUGGCAGAAUGGGAGAGGCUAUAGAGACCACUCAACAACUUUACCCCAACCUGAUCGAAAGAAACCCAGACCUCCUAUUCAUGUUGAAGGUCAGACAGUUUAUUGAGAUGGUGAAUGGCACAGACAGUGAGGUCAGGUGUCUGGGUGGGAGGAGCCCUAAGUCACAGGAUAGUUACCCAGGCUCCCCUCGACUCUUCAACAGCCCUGUUCACAAAGCCACCAGCUCCCAGGCCUACCAGACAGGUCUUGAGAGUAAUUACUGUAAUGGAGUUUCAUCAAGUAAAGGUCACACCUCAGCUCAUAGUCACAAGCCGUGUGUCCCUGCUGUGCCGAGCACUGAUCUUAGUAUCCAGAAUGGCAGUCGGAGCCAGCAGACCAGUGUGAGCACUGAGGUGGAGAUGGAGGUUGAUCACUUCUCAAAUGGAGUUUCUGAGUCCUCUUCAAAUGGAUUUUUGAAUGGCAGCUCUACACAUGGGGCAGAGCUGGAGGACUGUGAUGCAGAUAUGGAGGUGGAUAGUGCCCAGUCCAAGAGGCAGUUGUGCGGGGGGAGCCAGGCAGCCAUCGAGAGAAUGAUCCAGUUUGGCCGAGAGCUACAGAGCAUGAGCGAACACUUGCGGCGUGAACGGGGCAAGAACUCCGCCAAUAAGAAGAUGCUCAAGGAUGCAUUCAGUUUGUUGGCAUAUUCAGAUCCAUGGAACAGCCCUGUUGGAUACCAGUUAGACUCAAUCCAGAGAGAGCCUGUCUGCUCUACCCUCAACAGUGCAAUAUUAGAGACUCAUAACCUGCCAAAGCAGCCUCCUUUGGCACUUGCCGUCGGCCAGGCAGCCCAGUGUCUGUCCCUCAUGGCUCGCACGGGCAGCGGAUCCUGCGCCUUUGCAUCAGUGGAUGAUUACCUUCACUAGCCUCAGGAGAAUCAUCCCUUAAAAUCAUCCCAUGAAAGAGGCCCACAUCAACCCAGACCAUCCCAGAAAAACUGGGGCUAGCUUUGAAACCAUGGCUUGAUGAACUGAGCCUCAAUGUUUGCCAGACCCAUACUGGCUCUCUGACAAGACUGGAUCUUCUUCACCCAGGCCCAAACCGGCCUAAAGACACAUUAGGAGAAGAGGGAUCCUUCGAAAUCCCAAAUCAUUUUGGUCUUUAUUUUCCUUUUGUCUGUUUUAUUUUGGGGGAGGAGGUAUUGGGUGGGGGGUGCAGGAGGCGCUGAUUGUUUGUUUCCUAAUUUACAAGGCAUGAGGAAAAUUAUGACUAAUGUUAUUAUCAGUAAACUUGCAUAUAAGAUAUAUUUGUUCUUGGUUGAAAGCUGGCAGAGUGAGAGAGAGACCAAAUAACUAGGGUCACACUGCUAUUUUCAGGUCUCAGCUUGUGUACUUUACCGUUAAAAUAAAAAAGAUGAUAUAUUAACACGAGGAGUGGAACAUUUAGUUAUCUUAAAGUAAAAAAUAUUAAAAACCCAGAAAACCUAACACUGCUGGGAGUCAUCCUUAGUGGUGGUACUACUUAGUAUAGAGCGUUAGUGUGAGCUGUAUGAGUUACGCCCUUAUUUGUGCAAGCGCACCCUCCCUCUGCCAACUGCACAGCAGGAUUGUUUGGACACUUUGAUUUGUUAUUGUAUUGAUGUCUAUGGUCUUUUCAUCCACCUGAUCCCAUACCUUCAUCUUUUAAAAAGUCCCUAUUCAAUCGUUCUUUCAUCGUCAUCAUUGCCUGCACUGUGUUUUUUGUGCAGUUCGGUCAGGAACACGGUAACAUAAGGUCAUAUCUAGUCCCGGAGACGCAAGCCUGCUACAUUGUUUUCUCUCCUCCUGUUUACCAGUGAAGCCCUGAGAUCAUCAGUACUUUUAAAAUAAGAAUGGUACAGUAUUGUCAUCAACACUGUCUUAUCAUUUUCAGUAAUAAAACGUAAAUACCCAGUUAAACGAGA